UCAAACUUCAAACUUCUUCUAGGCAUAACGAUUAGGGUUUCUAGAAUCCUGUUCUGUUCUUGCUUGGCUACGGAGUCCGGACCCAUAGAAAGCACAUAACUGGAGAGAAGAGGUAGGUAAAGUGUCGUCCAAGGACCCAAAAAUAAGGACGGAGAUCCAGUGAGCUCAGUUAAUUGGAGGGUUUUUUUUUUUUUUUUUUGGCCUCGGUGGCAAUGAUUUACACUGCAAUUGAUAACUUCUACCAAACUGACGAGCAGUUACAGAACUCACCAUCUAGGAAAGAUGGAAUUGACGAAGCCACUGAAACUACCCUCAGAAUCUAUGGAUGUGAUCUGAUCCAAGAGAGUGGAAUUUUACUCAAACUACCUCAAGCUGUGAUGGCCACUGGUCAAGUUCUAUUCCAUCGGUUCUAUUGCAAAAAGUCAUUUGCCCGAUUUGAUGUCAAGAAAGUUGCAGCUAGUUGUGUCUGGCUUGCAUCUAAACUAGAGGAAAGCCCUAGGAAGUCCAGGCAAGUCAUUAUUGUUUUUCAUAGAAUGGAAUGCAGGAGAGAGAAUUUACCUAUAGAAUUUUUGGACCUAAAUUCAAAGAAAUUUGCAGAGCUGAAGGUAGAACUGAGCAGAACAGAAAGACACAUAUUAAAAGAGAUGGGUUUUGUUUGUCAUGUUGAGCAUCCCCACAAAUUCAUCUCAAACUACCUUGCCACCCUCGAAACACCUCCAGAGUUGAGACAAGAAGCUUGGAAUCUUACAAAUGAUAGUUUGCGGACAACCUUGUGCGUUCGUUUCAAGAGUGAGGUUGUGGCUUGUGGGGUUGUAUAUGCCGCUGUACGUAGGUUCCAGGUACCCCUUCCUGAGAAUCCACCAUGGUGGAAGGCAUUUGAUGCAGAUAAAUCUGGGAUUGAUGAAGUUUGUAGAGUUCUGGCUCACUUGUACAGCCUUCCCAAGGCAAAGUACAUAUCGGUCUGCAAGGAUGGAGAUUUUUCUUUUUCUAGCAAGUCUUCAGAUUCACAACUUCAAUCAGUUCCAAAGGAAGUUCUGCAGGGUGGCUCACCAGCUAAUGAUAUUGUUGCUCCUAAGGCAGCCUCAACUGUUGUUAAUGCUGAAUUGGGCGGUUCAAAGGGUGCAAUAAAAGCAGCCCUAGACAAGCUGAAGGAAUCUAAGAAGAGUGAUGAUGAGUCCAAGUCUGCAAAUGGGGAGGCAAGAGAUGAGCCCAUUCCAAGGUCCAAGUCUGAGCACAGAGCAGAGGCAAGUGGGGACAGGAGCAAGGACAGGGACAGGGAUAGGGAUCGGGACAGGGAGAGAGAGAGGGAUAGAAUAAAGGCCCAGGAUCGUGAGAGGAGUAGAGAUUCUGAUAGGGAAAGAGAGCGAGAGGAGACUGAGAGGGACAGAGAUAAAUCCAAGGAUCGAAGUCAUCGUUCAAAGGAUAGAGGAAAGGAUUCAGGACAUCCGGAGAAAUCAAGAUAUCUUUCAUCACGUGAUCGUGACUAUUACAGCUCUUCUUAUUCUUCAAGGGAGAAGGAUCGUCACAGACAUCACUCAUAUGCUUAAAACUCUCAUUGAAGUGUGCACCCUGUUGUAGCAGUUGUCAGAAACACUCUAGUUGUAAAUGACUUUCUUUUCUUUUUGACACAUUUAGUGAGCAGGCCAUCAUUUUUGUACGGCACUUGAGCUGACAUUGGUUUUGCUUGUCCUGCAAUUGUGAGAAAAGUUUCUUUCUUCCAGUUCUUUCUCCAUUUAUAAUAUCCUGCUGAUUACCAUAACACAAGACAGUCAAUGUGGUUGUGAACAUGAUAUUUUUGUGCUGUAUCUGUACUAUUUGCAUGAGAAUCAUCUAUUUUUCCAGUUCAAAAUAGAAGUAUACCUUUU